UACAUAAAAACUUCCUUUCGCCGACUAAAUUCAUCUCCAAGGAGGAACAAGAACAACCAGCUCUUCUUUCGCUCACUGUCUCAUCAAGCCCCAAAGAUCUGACUAGCCUCAUCUUCUUUAAUUUCUUGGAUUUUUAUUAAUUUUUUUGUUUGGGUUGAAAAUUAAUUAAAGAAAGAGGGUGAUUUAGAAAUGGAUGCUGAUUCAUGGAGUGCUCGUCUUUCUUCAUCUUCUCAGAGAUAUCAAUCAGCUCUUCAAUCACGAACUGAUAUGUUUAUGGCGUUUGAAGAGAUAGAUGGAGAAGAUAAUAUAAGAGAGGAAUUUCCAUGCCCUUUUUGUUCAGAGUAUUUCGAUAUUGUUGGCUUGUGCUGUCACAUUGAUGAUGAGCAUCCUGUGGAGGCUAAAAAUGGGGUAUGUCCGGUCUGUUCAAUGAGGGUGGGAGUUGAUAUGGUUGCACAUAUAACCCUACAACAUGGAAAUAUAUUCAAGAUGCAGCGCAAAAGGAAAUCACAUAAGGGUGCAUCUCAUUCCAUACUUUCUCUUCUGAAGAAAGAGCUGCGAGAAGGAAACCUACAGUCUCUCUUUGGGGGUUCUUCUUAUAUAGUGUCUUCAUCCAAUUCAGCACCUGAUCCGUUGUUGUCUUCAUUUAUUUUGCCCAUUGUUGAUGACUUUGUUAGUGUUCAGCCUCCCUUUUCUAGCGAAACAGGCACAACUAAGAGAAGCUCAAACGUGAAUAAGUCAGAAAGAAAUGUCGAGUCAUCACCUCUUGCAGUCAAGGAUCAGGAAGAGAAGGCAAAAAGAUGCGAGUUUGUUCAACGGCUGUUGUUGUCCACAGUUCUUGAUGAUAUUUUAUGAAGAGCAUUCUUGCCUUCAUAUUGAUUGCUGCGUGGCAAGAGCCCUGAAUGUAUGUUUUGUUACGCUGUUUGUAGUGAAUAUGUUGAUGCAUUAAGCAAAAUGCUGAAUAAGGUAUAGUAAAUGAGUGUAAUUUAUGCUGCAUUUGAACUUCUAGUUGUUAGGCCUGAUCAGAUUUCCACUUCACCCAAUAAUUUCAGGCCAUUAUAAUUUUAAAAAGAAGAAAAAUAGUAAUUUUAAAUCCAAGAAUGGUGUUGUUUUCAA